UCUUGACUUUUUUUAUUUUUUAAUUGCGUUGCGCUGUCGGUGUGCGAUUGACGAUUGUCAAAAACAUUGUCUUCUUCUCUUUUAUUUAUUUGUAAAGUUUUGUGUGGUUUAGUUUGGUUUCCUUCUUCUUGAGCUUCUUUUCUCGCCUAGAAUUUGGUCCAGUAGAUAAACGGGACUGAGUGAUGUCUGAAUUUGGUAAAUUUGGCCCUUUGGUUGGCGCUAUAGAUGAGGGAACUUCAAGCGCAAGAUUUAUUAUUUUCAAAGCAAAUUCAACGGAAGUCGUUGCAUCUCAUCAAAAAGAACUAGAACAGAUAUUUCCUCAAGAAGGUUGGGUAGAACAAGACCCUUACGCCAUUUUAGAAGUUGUAACAACAUGCAUACAAAAAGCUGUGGAACAACUGGAGACUCUUGGCGGGAAAGCCAAGGACUUAAUAGCGGUGGGUGUCACCAACCAACGAGAAACUACCAUAGUGUGGGACAGAAACACCGGUGUGCCAUUACAUAAUGCCAUUGUUUGGUUGGAUAUGAGGACCAAAUCAACCAUCGAUAAACUUCUCGAUACCGUGCCAAAUAAGACAAGAAAUAAGAGUUAUCUAACACCACUUUGUGGAUUGCCUAUGUCCCCAUAUUUUAGUGCUGUAAAAUUGAGAUGGCUGAGUGAUAAUGUGGAUGCUGUUAAAAAUUCCAUGAAAAAGGGUACAUGCUGUUUUGGAACUGUUGACACUUGGGUAAUUUGGAAUUUGACAGGUGGCCCAAAUGGAGGAAAACAUGUUACAGAUGUCACUAAUGCUUCAAGAACUAUGUUAAUGAACAUAGAAACUUUGGAAUGGGAUCCAUUGUUGUUGAAGUUCUUUGAAGUGCCUAAAUCGGUUUUACCUGAAAUCAAAUCAAGCUCAGAGGUGUAUGGGUACAUACCGGAAGGACCUUUGAAAGAUGUUCCCAUUUCUGGCUGUCUCGGAGACCAACAAGCUGCUUUAGUUGGACAAAUGUGCCUACAGAAGGGUCAAGCCAAAGCAACAUAUGGCACUGGUUGUUUUGUACUUUACAACACGGGAGAAAUCAGAGUAAACUCCAGUAGAGGGUUGUUAACUACUGUUGCAUAUCAAUUGGGAAGUAAAAACCCACCACAUUAUGCCUUGGAAGGAUCUGUAGCCAUUGCCGGAGCUGCAUUAGGUUGGCUGAAAGAUAACCUAGGGCUUUUGGAGAGUGCCAGAGAUUCACAAGCUAUUGCGGAACAGGCUACAGUUAAUGGUAGUGUGGUAUUUGUACCAGCUUUCAGUGGAUUGUAUGCACCUUAUUGGCGUCAGGAUGCGAGAGGUGUGAUUUGCGGAAUUACUGAAGACACUAAUUCUAAUCACAUCAUUAAAGCGGCACUGGAAGCAGUUUGUUAUCAAGUAAAGGAUAUUUUGGAUGCAAUGAAUCGAGACUGUGGUAUUCCUCUUCAGUUUUUAAAGGUAGAUGGAGGCAUGACUUCUAAUGCGCUGGUCAUGCAGAUGCAGGCAGAUUUAGUUGGAAUAAACGUAAUAAGGGCUGGUUUUACUGAAAGCACUGCUUUGGGUGCUGCGCUGGUCGCCUAUUGGGGGGUUAAUAGCGAUACUCAGGGAACGCCCAUCCCAAUGACAAUCGGCAGCAUCUAUAAACCGAGCAUAAAUGAGGACGAGCGUGACAUGAGGUACAAACAAUGGAAAAUGGCUGUGGAUAGGUCUCUUGGUUGGGACCAAAAUUGAAUAUGUGAUAGUAUAAAUGAUAAUGUGUUACAAAGAAAAGUGCCCUGAAUGGAAAUGAAUUUGAUUAUUAUUAUUUCGUAAUAUACAUUAUUUAUCCUUACGAAACAUUAAUUAAUGCAUUUACUUGGUUUAUGUCAGGCACGUCCGCAUUCAACGCACUCAACAUAUGGCACAUUUUGUUAAUUGGUCAAUGUGAAAUUUUGUACUUUAUUAUAAAAAAAGACCACGAAUCUUCUACUACAGAUUUGUGAGUAUAUUCCUCAAAAACUGACCUUUAACGGCUUAUUUAGAUGUUCGACUAACGCGACGUUAAUUUAAAUAUUUCUACGAAGCUGUUCACUGUUGAUGCGAACUGCCAAGAAGUGGAUGAGAAAUCAUCUAUAAUUUUCGCCUUGUAAACAGAGCAUAGUACAAAAUUUUCGAAAUCAUCGUCUAUUUAUUGAUGCCAAGUAAAUAUUUUCAUGCAGGGCCUUUUUUUUACAAAAUUGUGUUAAAAUACUACUCAAGUACUGUAGUACUACAGAAAGCAAGUCUAUUUUUCCGUCAUUUUUUCGUAUUUUUCUUUUUACUACUCACUAAAAACACAAGAUAUGAAUUACCUACAUACGGGUAAAUCUACAGUUAGAAUUUAAACGUCUGUUGAGAAAUUCUGGCCGAAAUUGUUAGUUUUUUACUUUUCACGUUAAUUUUAUUGUCAUGCUAUCCUAUUAUAAGUUAUACCUUAAUAUCUUUAUAAUAUACUAUUAACAUAUACUCACCUACAUAAUUACGUUAAGUUGUUAUCUUUUGUUUUAAUUUGAAAUAUAGUGUUUAUGUUUUAAUGAGGCCAAAAGACCAAAUAAUAUUUUCUUUAUUAUUUAAGACACUUGAAUGGUGAGACCUUUACAGCGUUGAUUUUUCAUAAAAUUCAUUCAUUCCAUACACUUCAUUCCAAUGAUUAACAAUAUUUGAUAAAACAUAUUAGUUACAUAAAUAUAGCGAUGCAAUUUAUAAAGUUUUGUGUCGAAUAAAGCUGUAUGUACUAAAUAAUGGUUAUUCCCAAAGGUCCACGUUUUGUUCUUAUUUCCCGCCGGGUCCAUGAAAUUCAAACAUUUUGAUAGAAAAUGCUUUUUUAUCUUUGAUGUCGUGGACCCGUUGGGAAUUGAAGUAUGAACUAAACAGUAGAACUGUGGAGUCUUUAGGAAUAAGCCCUAAACAAUGGCAAAGUGCGUGUCGUGCCACGCGCAGUGCAGGGUUUCGUAGUUGUCUGUCGCUACCACAAUAUAUUUCAGAAGCAAGCAAUUACUUCAUCUAAAGUCA